GUUUGUGUCUGUUCAGUGGAUGCCCACAUUGUCUCAUGUACACCAGUGAAUGCGCCGGCUGUUGAUUAGUCAGUCGUUUGAUAACGCUUAUCGAGAUUGGACGGGCGUACUUACUGGUGUAGUGGUGAGCCAGUGAUAUUGUACAUACAAAGGUACUUUACAAGUGGCGACGAGGUAAAAGGUAACUCAACUUCAAUUCAUUAUGGCCUACAACCUACCUCCGCCAGAAAAACUUAAUCUUGAAGGGGACAAUUCGUCAGUCGCUGUAAGAUGGGAAAGCUGGAAAAGAUCUCUGCUAAUUUAUUUUGAAGCUGCCGAUAUCACGAAUGCAUCUAAAAAGAGGGCAAUGUUAUUGGUACUGGGUGGUACCGCGCUACAAGAUAUUUUCUACAAUCUGCCUGGCGCGAGUGGAGAACCUGGAGAUGAUACUGAUGUGUUCGAGUUGGCUAUCAGGAAAUUGGACGGAUAUUUUCUUCCAAAACAAAAUAAGACUUACGAAAGGCACAUUUUCAGCCAAAUUAAACAAGAGGAAGGUCAAAGUUUUGAAAAAUUUGUGUUUAAACUCAGGGAGCCAGCUAAUAAAUGCAAAUUUCACGAUCCUGAAGAAUAUAUAAUCGAUCAAAUCAUAAGGAAAUGCUCAUCAUCCGAACUGAGAAAAAAAAUUCUUACUAUGGGAGAUGAAGUAACACUGGAUAAAGCGAUAACUAUUGCAAACACUUUGGAGAUAGUUAAUCACCAACUAGAGAGUUAUGAAAAAAAUGGUAAAGUACAAUCCAGCGAAAUCAAUGCAAUUAAAAUGAGGAAUACGAAUAUAUAUAAAUAUGCAGGGAAUGAAUUGAAACAAAACUCAAGUGAGGAACGGAUGACUAAGUGUAGCAGAUGUGGAACUUUCGCACAUGUCAAUAAAGGUUUACCGUGUCCGGCGAAGCAAAGAAAGUGUAACGGAUGUGGUAAACUGGGCCAUUAUCAAAAAUGUUGCAGAACUAAACCCUAUGAUCGAAAGAGAAAAAUUGGAAAGCAAGAAGACCAGAAAAAUGAUUACAAAAAGCAUCGAAAAGACGAAGAAGAAGUGCAAUAUAUAUUCAAUUUAAAUGAUGAUGCUACUAUUAAAUGCGAAAUGGGAGGCGUGUGUUUAAAAAUGCUAAUAGACUCGGGCUGCAAAUCGAAUUUGAUCUCGGACGAAACAUGGGAGUAUUUGAAAGAAAACAAUGUUAACUGCUCCAACCAGAUUAAAGAACCAAAGAAAAUAUUCUUGGCCUACGGCAGCACGACGCCAUUAAAGGUGAAGGGAUCCUUUGAAACAUCGAUUAAAGUUAACGGAAAAAUCACCCACAGAACUGUUUAUGUUAUAAGCGAUGGAUCCAGAAAUCUUCUGGGUCAGGAUACCGCGUUACAAUUAGGGGUUUUGAAACUGGGCGACAUGGAAGUCGAUUCGGUUAAGGAGCUAAAAACCCCGUUUCCGAAGUUUAAAAAUAUUAUCGUUGAGAUACCAACAGAUCCGUCAGUGAAACCAGUCAUGCAACCUUAUCGAAGAAUACCUAUUCCACUAGAAGAAAAGAUCCAUGAGAAAAUUGAGGAGUUGUUAGAAAUGGAUAUAAUAGAAGAAGUAAAUGAACCAUCGAAAUGGGUUUCUCUAUUGUGCCUAUUCUUAAAGACAAUGGUGAAGUACGAGUGUGUGUUGAUAUGA